AUGUCUACCGAAAGCGUAGCAGGUAUCGAUGUCAAAUCGAAGCGCGAUCCAGGAAAAGCUGGCGCGAAAUGCGGUCAAUGUGAGAGGUUCGGUCGUAAUCGUAUGGUGGAUUGUGAUGAAUGCAAGUUUUGGUACCAUUAUGAGUGUGCACAAGUGACCCACGAAGUUCCCGAUGGUCCCUGGAUCUGCAGCGGAUGUGUUAAGAAAUCUGUCGAAUCCAGCACUACCACAAUUCUCCAGAUUAAACUGCAGGAGCAGAAGAGGAAGCAGCAACAAGAGCUGCAGCGGCUAUUAGAGCAGCAGCAGCAAGAGUGGCAGCACCUACAGCAGCUGCAGCAGUCCGGGGAUCAAGAUGCUGAAACUCGAGCAACUGGAGAUCAAAUAAUCCCGAACGAAAAUCAUAACAAGGCACCACUGGCAUCCUCUACACCGGUAAAACUUGGUUCAGUAGGAUUGGAAUCGGGCUACUCCGAGAGCAACCAACGCAUGCAAGUACUGGAACAGACCAAUCGCGAACUUCGCGAACAGCUAGACCGAAUGCAACGAACACUCUUUUCAGAAUAUUCGAUCUUCCAUCAACAAACUGCAAGCGUUGCCCAGUACGAAUUACCAUCAACUCAUCCGUCAUUACAGAGCAACUUAGGAACUACGAGGAAAACUAUGUUGCCUCCAUUGAGUACUAUCACUGAAAGGACCGAACAAUCUUGUCGUGGCGGAAGCGCUGUCUCGCUGUCGUCAAAGGGUUCGUCUAGAUCAGCUAAACUACGAGAACUCCAAACAAAAGCUCUGGCAGAGAGACAAGCUUUGGAGAAAAAGCAACUGGAGGAGAGGUUGGCGCUUGAACGUGCACUACUGGAUCAAGAUACGGAUGAAGAUACUGAGUUCGAGUCGAGCUCGAACAUCCAAAAAAUCGACGAAUGGCUACGAGAAUCGAAUAGAGCUAGAGAUAACCUUCCUCCAAUCAACGAAACUGGAUUGCCUGCCUACACAUUUCAACCAGAUUUUACACCUACUCAAAAUCGGGUGAAGCAACAAUCACGCACAUUACCACCCAAUCACCAUGGCAAUACGUUGCUGAACAAAAAUCAUUUGGCAGCGCGACACACGGUGAAGGACCUCCCACGAUUCGGAGGUGACCCAGAGGACUGGCCAAGGUUUAUAGCGGCAUAUGAACGCACGACAAGGAUGUGUGGGUUUGGAAACAACGAACUUUUGGAUCGUUUAGAACGUAGCCUGUAUGAUCGUGCCCUCAGUGCAGUCAAAAGUCUGCUGUUGCACCCUGAAAACGUCCCGGUGAUAAUCGGCAGAUUAAAAACAUUGUUUGGUAACCCCGAGAUCAUCGUAGAAACAAUGGUAAGGCGUGUUCGGACGAUACCGCAACCAAAAGCUGACAGGAUGGACACAAUUAUCGAUUUCGGAGUGGCAGUACAAAAUCUGUGUUCUACUGCUCAAGCGUGCCAGAUGAACGAAUGCUUAUAUAAUGUGGCGCUGCUGCAGGAGUUGGUCGAAUGUCUGCCACCCACAAUCAAGCUCAACUGGGCUCUUCAUCGGCAAGGCAAGAACACAGUGUCCUUGGCUGACUUCAGUGAUUGGUUGGGAAACCUAGUGGACGCUUUGAGCAAGGUGUCAAGACCACAACAAGGAGUUGAAUGCCAUCGAAAUCAGCGAGAUCGUAGGGAUGAAGCCUACAUUCACGUACAUUCCGAUACCAUGCCAGACAAACAACACCCAAAGAUGUGCUCUGCCUGUGAGAAGAACUGCCAGUCUCUGGAUAAAUGUGAUACAUUUCGCAAAAUGUCUUCGCAAUCCCGUUGGUCAUUUAUUAAAGACAAAAAUAUAUGUCGUAAGUGCUUGAAGAAACACUUCAAAUCUUGCGACACGAAGGUGUCCUGCGGUAGAAACGGUUGUCCGUACCUGCAUCAUCAGCUUCUUCACGACGACAGUAAGCACAAGCUUCCUGUUCAAGCGGUGAAGACCAAUCCUACUUGCAAUGCACACCAAUGUUGUCUGGGCGCAGUGCUGUUUAAGUAUGUCAAGAUCACCAUACAUGGACGAGAAGGCAAGUCGAUAAAUACUUACGCAUUCCUCGAUAGCGGUUCAACAUGUUCGCUGAUGGAACAUAGUCUCUGGGAGCAACUCGGACUAGAAGGUGAGAAGUACCCAUUAUGCAUAAACUGGACAGGAGGUCAAGGUCGAUACGAGUCGGAAUCCAUCAAAUGUACGGUAGACGUCUCUGGAAUUCACAGUGAUAAACGCAAUCAUCUAAACAAAGUGCAUACUGUGAAGAGUCUGCAGCUACCAGCACAGACGCUGAAUAUCGACGAUCUCUCCAAGCACUACAAGCAUUUGUCUGGACUGCCAGUUGACUCGUAUGAAGAAGUUCGUCCAAGAAUACUACUGGGAAUGGACAACAUUCAUCUGGAUCAUCCGAUAGAGGCUCGCGAAGGUGGAGAAAAUCAACCUGUGGCUACACUUACUCGGCUAGGCUGGAUAGUUUACGGUCCGUGCUCGGUAGUCGAAUCUUCACUUAGAGACGAUGACCGCAAAGAAUUUAACUACCAUAUCUGUCAGUGCGAAACAAUCCACCUAGAGAUGAAGCAGUAUUUUUCGCUGGACAGUCUUGGUAUCCAGAAACCAAAUAAGCCUUUGAUGUCCAAAGCUGACGAACGUGCGAUGGACCUACUUAAGACUAAGACGGUCCGAGAUGGGAAGCGAUACACGACCGGACUACUGUGGAAAUACGACGAUGUUCAGUUGCCAGAAACAAAGGACAUGGCCCUUAACAGAUUGCGAUGCCUGGAGAAGCGAAUGGUCCGUGAACCGGAUUUAGCAGCUGCUUUACAAGCGAAAAUAGAGGAUUACGUGCAGAAAGGCUACAUCAGGAAGUUGACGGAAGAAGAAGAACGAGUUCACCAUGACCGCGUCUGGUACCUUCCGAUUUUCGUAGUGGCGAACGCAAACAAACCAGGGAAAAUACGCAUUGUUUGGGACGCUGCUGCAACAGUACGAGGUGUUUCACUGAACACAUUCCUUUUGAAAGGACCCGAUCAGCUCACUUCACUAUUUCACGUCCUAUUCCGUUUUCGGGAAUUUCGUACUGCGGUAACGGGUGACAUCAGAGAAAUGUUUCACCAGGUGGCAGUACACAAAGAGGAUCAACACUGUCAACGCUUCCUGUGGAACAAUGGGCAGCCUGGUUCAACUCCGUCAGUUUAUGUCAUGCAAGUGAUGACGUUCGGUGCAAGCUGCUCUCCAAGCUGUGCACAGUUCGUCAAAAACACGAAUGCAGAACGAUUUGCCACGGAAUUUCCGGAAGCAGUCAACGCUAUCAUCAAUGACCACUACGUGGACGAUAUGCUCAGUAGUGUCGAAACAGAGCAAGAAGCUAUCGAACUGGCAAUUAACGUUCGAGAUAUCCAUGCACAAGGUGGCUUCGAGAUUAGAGGAUGGCGAUCAAACUCAAGCAAGGUGCUGGUAGCACUGCACGAGCAGCAGGGAGACGAGAAAAGUUUAAACGUGACAUCGCAGUUCUCAACAGAGAAGGUACUGGGCAUGUGGUGGAGCUCCUCUGCUGACACAUUCACCUUCAAACUUCCCACUAAACCUGAUAAAGAUCUCCUCAGUGGCAAAAGAGUCCCAACUAAGAAAGAAGUUGUGCGAGUACUUAUGAGCAUCUUUGAUCCGUUAGGACUCCUUGCCAACGUCUUAAUGUACCUCAAAAUUCUGAUCCAAGAAAUUUGGCGUUCGAACAUCGGCUGGGAUGAAACAAUCACAGCAGUUCAACUCGCAAAAUGGCAUACCUGGUUGAAAGUAAUCGAGAAGGUAGAAACCGUCUCAGUUCCCAGAUGCUAUCGCUUAAUUACUUCAUGCUCACCACAAACCAAUGUGCAACUGCACGUGUUCGUAGACGCAAGUAUAAAUGGAAUAGCAGCGGUCGCUUACUUGCGGUUUGAAGAAGAUGACAAAAUUGAAUGCUCUUUCGUAGCAGCCAAAACAAGAGUUGCGCCCAAUAAGCUGACGUCGAUUCCCCGGCUUGAAUUACAAGCAGCUGUUAUCGGAGUUCGUCUUGCUCAGACAAUUGCAGAAAGUCACCGUAUCAAUAUCAAUAAACGGUUUUUUUGGACGGAUGCUCGCGACGUUCUUUGCUGGUUACACUCCGACCAUAAGCAGUUUAGCCCGUUCGUUGGAUUUCGGGUCGGCGAAAUUUUGGAAAGCACUGAACUAUAUGAAUGGCGCUGGGUGCCCACCAAACUGAAUCCAGCGGACGACGGAACGAAAUGGCAGAAAACUCCCGAUCUUUCUUCUGAUAGCAGAUGGCUUCGGGGACGUGGCUUUAUCUGGGAACAGCAAACUGCGUGGCCUGAAAUGCUGACGCACAUUGGUACGACAUCAUUGGAAUUGAAGCACUCGGUCGGACUACACUGCGUCACUGUUCCAGUGGUAAGCUGCGAGAAUUUUUCGACAUGGAUUCGCCUUCUGCGUCAUAUAGCCCAGCUAAAGCGAUACAUUCAAAAUCUCAAGGCUUCAAAAAAUGGAACCGCACUCACGUUUGGCGAACUCACUCAAGAAGAAUUGUUAACGGCUGAAACAUACCUAUUUCGUUUGGCACAGGAAGCAGUCUAUCUCGAGGAAAUAGCGAUUCUCAUCAAAGCAGCUAACUCUGGCGAUAAGUACAAAUAUCGAAUACCCAAAACUAGUUCGAUCUACAAGUUGUCACCAUACCUCGACGAUACAGGCAUACUACGGAUGCGUGGAAGGACAGAAACUUGCGAAUAUGCCGAACCGGACGCCUACUGUCCGAUUAUGCUUCCUCGGAGCCAUCACGUAACGCAACUUAUAGUGCGAUCGAUGCACUGGCGCUAUCACCACCUCAACCAUGAGACAGUUGUGAACGAGCUUCGACAAAGGUACAAGAUCCCGAAGCUGCGCCGCGUAUGUUACAAAGUACGGAAGUCGUGUCAAACCUGCAAAAAUCGUCUUGCUCGUCCUGUUGCUCCACUCAUGGCUGAUCUACCACCUGCAAGACUAGCCGCGUUCACCAGACCAUUUUCAUACACUGGCGUGGAUUAUUUUGGCCCGAUGUCUGUGACUGUUAAUCGACAUGUAGAAAAGCGUUGGGGAGUAAUGCUCACCUGUAUGGUGACACAAGCUGUGCACAUCGAGAUUGCACAUUCGCUCAACACCGAUUCAUGUAUACUAGCACUUCGCAACUUUAUGUCACUGCGUGGAACACCACUUGAGCUAUUUAGUGACAAGGGUACAAACUUUGUUAGUGCAGACCGCGAGCUGAAGGCGGCGUACCAGAAUAUCGACCAAAACCAACUGAUCAAGGAGUUCACUACACCCAAUACCAAAUGGUCAUUCAACCCUCCAGGAUCUCCGCACAUGGUUGGUAGUUGGGAAAGGAUGGUACAGUCCGUAAAGAAGAUUCUCAAUCAGAUAAAACUUCCGCGCAACCCGACCGAUGAAGUUCUUCGAAACACGCUACUAGAGAUCGCCAAUGUUAUUAACUCACGACCUUUAACAUAUAUUCCGGUCGACGACGAGUGCCCCCUUGCCUUAACACCCAAUCAUUUUCUGCUCAAUUCUUCGAGCGGAUGCAAACCACUUACGCUACUCGAUGACAGCCCCGCUGCGCUUAAAAACAACUGGAAGGCGUCACAAAUCUAUGCUAAUAUAUUCUGGAGACGGUGGGUCAAAGAAUACUUGCCCACCAUCAGUCGCCGUUCGAAGUGGCAUCAACCCCUAAAGCCCAUCCAAGUUGGUGACGUCGUUGUUAUUGUUGACCCAGCACUACCGCGCAACUGCUGGCCAAUGGGACGAGUGGUGGAAACCAAAAUUAACAACAAGGAUGGACAAGUUCGGAGUGCUGUCGUGCGAGCCAACGAGCGAUACUACGAACGACCCGUUACGAAGCUGGCGGUUCUAGAUGUAGGAGUCAACGAAAGUAAGCUGGACAACGAUUCCAGCGUACUGGGGGGGAGUGUUACGCCCUUUGGUGAGCACACCUCACUAUAA